CCUCUAUGCUUCUCUUGACAUUUCUAGUCACUGCCUCUGCUUCAGAUUAUGGCUCUGCUCCCAAGCCAAAGGUUGAUGAUCAUGACACUCCAAAACCACCAAAGGUUGAUGAUCAUGACAUUCCAAAGCUGCCAAAGGUUGAAAAGCCAAAGCCACAAGAAGUAUAUGCAAAGCAACUACCUCACAUCAUUGGUAUUCAAGGGCUUGUUUUGUGCAAAUCAGGCCUUAAAAUCUUCCCCAUUAAAGGAGCUGUGGCAAGGAUAACAUGUCUGGCUGAAGAUGAAUACGGCUACGAGACCGCCCCUUUCUCCAUACUGAGUGGAGCAACUGAUGCAAAGGGUUACUUCUUCGCAACAUUGUCACCUUCAGAGCUUCAAGAUAAGUGGAAGCUCACAGAAUGCAAGGCCUUCCUUGAUUAUUCUCCCUUUCAAUACUGCCAAGUCCCUACCGAUGUUAACCAUGGGAUUACUGGUCAUCUGCUUGCUUCUUAUCGCAUCCUUAACACCAAGAAGAUCAAGUUGUACUCUGUGGGACCCUUCUUCUACACCUCUAAGACUGAACCUAAAUCAACCCCUAAUAAUGGCUAUUAA